AAUAAUUGACUGUCUAAAUUCUUCUCUCUUAAGAAAUCGAUGGACGCGCAAAUUACUUCCCCUAGAUUUUCUAUACCUAAAUUAUAGAUCUUCCAUUCCAAUUUCCAGUAAAAAGAAAAAAAUCGUGAAUAUUCCUCGAAAACUACACUCCAUUUUCCUUUAAAACAAAUACUUCUCAAUUGCGUUGAAGGGGAAAACGAGAAAGAAGAAAUGGGGCAACAGCAAUCGAAAGACGAGUUGGUGUAUCAACAAGUGAAUUACGGUAAUACAGAAGGAAUAAAAUCUCUCCGCAGUGAAGGCGCGGGCCUCGAGUGGAUUGAUAAAGAAGGUAAAACGCCAUUGAUAUUAGCGUGCUUGAAUCCUGAGCUCUUCAAUGUGGCUAAAACCUUGAUAGAGCUCGGUGCUAAUGUCAAUGCCUACAGGUUCGGUCGCAAUGCUGGGACUCCUUUACAUCAUGCAGCAAAAAGAGGCCUUGUUAAUACUGUUAAGUUACUUCUUUCGCAUGGAGCAAACGCAUUAGUGAUUAAUGAUGAUUGUCAAACUCCUCUUGAUGUGGCCAGAUUUAAAGGACAUACUGAUGUUGUCCGUGUAAUUGAGAAUCACAUUUGCUUAUUCUCGGGCUGGAUGCGGGAGUUCUUUGGGCCAGGGUUUCUCGAAGUACUUGCUCCUCAGUUUCUUUCAAGAAAAGUAUGGGUUGUUAUUUUACCAACUGGGUCACGCAAUCCUACAAAACCUUUCAAGUUGGAGCUUGCCAUAUAUUCUAGUCCACAGGAUGCCCGACCGCGUACAAUGAUUCCUUUGUGGAAAGCUAAUCUGGAGGAACCAAAAUUUCAACAUUCUGAUCCUUCAGUAAUAAUUGCUGAAUACCACACCAUCUCAAGAGGCAGGAGGCGGAGACGAGUGAGGCAUAGGCCUCAAACAGUUAGUCAAACACGCAUUAAACUUGCACCAGCAAAUGAAGGUGACAAGCAGCAGCUUCAGUGGUUCUGUGAUGCAUGCAAAGGAAUUCCACAGGCAACACAUCCUCCUGCAUUUUUGCAUAAUUCCGAGACUUCAACCAUUCAAGCCACAGCUCCUCCUUCUGCUGAAGAUUUAGAAUUAGCAAUGGCAAUCAAUGCCUCCAUCCAUUCAGCCAUGGCAGAGGUUGCAGUUAUUGAUACUUACUCAGCUGAAGCAAGUGCUUCCACCAGUUGGAAUGAACCUGUGAAUAGUAGCAGUCAAAGUACUCUGAAUGCACCAGUGAUUCCUUCAAAAGCAACUAGCAGUUUCUGGGCAGCACAUGAAGCGAGCCCAAGCGACACUUCAACUCAGCAAAAUGAGGUACAGAAUAGUAACAUCCCUGCUGUCCAGAAUGCGACUCAUGCCCCAGAUUUAGCCCCGUCAGCUCCACCCACCUUUGAUGAGAUUGUAGAAGAUGGUCCCAUUCAUUAUCCAUCAAUUGAUUCUAGUCCUAUUGAUAUAUCUUCCCCCCCUAUGGAGAACUUGCCAGCUAGUACUGGUGAAAAGAAAGAAGAUGGCAGUUCUUCGUCUUGUGUGAUAUGUUUGGAUGCUCCAGUUGAGGGGGCUUGCGUUCCAUGUGGCCAUAUGGCUGGAUGUAUGUCUUGUUUAAAGGAGGUCAAGGCAAAAAAAUGGGGCUGCCCUGUGUGUCGUGCGAAGAUUGAUCAGAUCAUAAGGCUGUAUGCUGUUUGACUGCCAGGCAGCAGAAUGAGAAAGCUGUAAAUGGCAAGUGAGUUUGACCACAAUUUGAAGGAAUCGACAAUUUCAGUUGCAGCAGAUCAGCAUGUGAAGGGGAGAAAACAAGAAGUUCAUCAUCGUUGAUUAACUUGGAACUUUUUAUCUAUGUAUUUUGUCCAUUGAAACUCAAGCAAGUAUAAAUAUCAUGCUUAGUUACUGUCAGAGCAUGUCAUUUUUACAGGCCUGUUGUGUGUAUAGUUUGUCAAACAUUUAGACGCUGUCAGUAUAUUAUCUCAAACGUUCUUUUCACUAUAGAGCUGCAAAUAAGGGAUUCAAAGUGUCUUUUAGCAACGUCAAGAAUGUAUUGGAUUUUAAUGUCGCAGGUUCAAAAAAUAUACGUGUAAAGAAUUAAUAAAACCAAAUAAAUUUGUGGAAAAUUGUGAAGUA